GGCGAAUACGGAAGUGAUGUCAAAAAAAGUUUCAUCACUAGGAAACAACGACGUUCUUCAAAGCAGUGUUUUGUGUGUGUGUUUGUUGGGCGUUGAACGUUGAUCAGGAUGAAUUCUGCUCAUAAAAAGACAGUGGAUGGUCUCAUCAAUAGGUACCAGACUAACUUGGAGAGACGAAUUGAGAAGGGGGAUCGAAGUUUGGUAUGCAGGGAUGAGGAUUUUUGUAAGGAAGUUGAGGCGCUGCUUCACAAUGGCAAUGCCCAGAAGUUGCACAAUCUACAUGGAUUAGAUUCAUUGGCAGUGAUGGAAAAAUCUCUAAAUAUCUCAUUUCUCUCUAAAACUGGCCAAACGAGGCUUGAGAAACUUUCCAAGGCCUUUGAAGUGUUGGAGCUCGCGGCAUUACAUCUCUAUGUCUACCCCUGGAGAAGAGAGUACAGAGUGGUGAAGAUGUUCUCAGGUAUGUUCACCCAUUUGAUCAAACCUGCACUGACACUUCAGCAGGCUAAAGAGUUGUUUGGUUUGCUUGGAUACCAAGCUUCAGGUCCUAAUGAAGAAGAAGAGUUGGUGCUGAACUCCAAACUAGUUCCUGCUGAUGUUUUACUCAGUCUUGCACGUGGUUUCUUCAUUUCUCGGAUGGAAUGCCAGCUGCUACUCUCGGCCUUGGGCUCUGUGGACAGAGAUGUGGAGUGGGUUCUACAGCUAGUCAAGGAGAGGCAGGCAGGCCACAGUCUUCAGAUAGCAUUAGAGAACACCAAGAGAAAGUCAGAUGCUGUUAGUAUUUCAGACGCCAUCCUGACUGGUGGCAUAGACGCUGAGCUGGAUCUGUACACAGAGCAGGCAGAUGCUUCUCACUUGAUGUCCAUUUCUGAUAUGCCACCUGACUCUUCUUAUAAGCAACCAAAAAAGAAACCUUUAAGCAAGACUUUACAGAGAGAGCUCUCCCAGUCAAACAUGGGGAAUAAUGAGGAUUCAAAGCAGGGAAACUCACUCAUCAGUCCAAGUCUGAUGGAAAGAUUUGCUCAAGAUCAACUUGAAGGUGAUGCCCAGAGACAAGCAGCAGCAAAAUUGUUGUGCGAGUGUAUCACGCCAGAUCAGUUAUAUAUUUACGAGUGUGAAAAUUGCAAAGACAUGCACAGUUCACAGUGUUCUCAUUAUAGAGAGUGCAAAAUUAAAGGACAUACUUUAGCACUAUGCUCCGACAAAGCUGAAGAGCUUUAUUCAACACAAGACCAGAUUAGAUUAGCAAAGGAAAAAUCAAAAGAUUCCCUGAAAAAACAUUUUUGUAUGGAUGGUUCUACUUCUGAUUCAUUUUUGGUGUGCUAUGAGUGCCAGCUUAUCCAUGACCACAACUGUUAUAUUAUUCAAAAGUGCAAUUUAACACAACACAAUGUGCAACCAACAGGAAAAAUACAACCCCCUCAAGGAGAAACAGCGAAUGCCCAAAAGAGGCACAAAAGUAUUUCUGCUGCACAUCAUCAGCAGUACUCCCAGGAAGUGGGUGAUUUGGAAAGACUAAUACUGUAUCACGAUUUUUGCUGGAAGGGUGAACAAACUUUGCCUGAAACUGUAUGCUUCACUUGUAAAGUCUUUCAUUUCUCUGGGUGUCCUGGUGGAGGACACUGCUCUCAAAAACAUAACACACAAAAUGUUAAAACAUUCUGUGUCUCUUGCCAUAGUUUUGACCGUAGCAACUUGCAGGUAUGCAGGUAUUGUGGUGAUGUGUAUUGCACUCUGUGUUGCUAUAAAUAUACCAUGAUGUGUAAGUGUGGAAAGUCUUUCUUCAGACCUUCCCCUGUUUAAAAUCAACUGUCAGCGUUGACCAUGUCUGGUUGAAGACACUGUUUUUAAUCUCCAAAUUAAGCCUGUUAUUAUUUUGCUAGUUGCACAACAAGUAAUAGAAACACUUAGUAAUAGAAACAUGAAAAUCUAUUACACUUUUGCUUUUUGAAAUCAGCAAUGUCUUUUUAUGGUAUUAAGAGACAAAUAUUACAAGAAAGUAACAAAGUUCACUGUAGACUCGACUAUCUCUUUCUAAUCUAUAUGUCAUACAGUAACAUGGCUUGUAACUGUUAUUGGUGAGGUGUGUGAUGGCCACUCCAAUAUUUGAUGGGUUCAGACAGUUAUUGGUAUUAAUGUGUUUUUGAAAAUUAUGGCUUUCUGUCUUAGCAACAACUCCAACCAAUAACUGUUGUUUAGAGUGAUAUACUGCCAUAUAAUCAUUAAAUAUAAUGUACAUGUCUGAUAUUAUGAUUGUUAAAUGGAAUUCCUAUAA